UCGGACGCAAGAAGAGGAAGCAGCAUGGACAGCGUCGCCGGCCACGUCCUCCGCGCGCCACGUAUGCUUCGACGCAUCUGCGUCUACCAAGCCAGCGCGGGUAAGAUGACGCUCAGCAGCCCACUGCGCUGCGGCGCCGUCUCGCUGACCAGCUACACGGACGAGCCACCUCACCCCGACGACGCCACGACCAUGCGCUCGUGGAUCGCGGUCCAUGGGAUCGACGGGCUCGCUUCGCUCUGCGUGCCCCAUCUCUUUGCCUAUGCGCUCUCGUGUGGCGAUGCGCAGGUCCUUGACUGGCUCGUUGUCCAAGGCUACGUGACAUGGACGAAGGAGCUCCUGCUGCUCCACACCCACGACUGCAACAUGUGCCUUGGCGCCAGAAAGGACCUUGGCGCUGCGACGACGAUGCGUGCGCUCGGCUGCGUCGCCCACGCGACAGAGAAAGGUCACGUCGCGAUGUUGCAGCUCCUCUACGAAAAUGGCAUGUCUGUGGCUGGCAUCUGGAAGGCUGUCUGCGCGGGCGGGGAUCGUCGCAUCGCCAAGUACGUCGUCGCCAACGCCCUCGACGCAUGGGAUGACGCAUGCAUCAACGUUGCGGCUGCGAACGGCCAUUUUGCGCUGGUGCGGUAUUUCCUCCGCCUCGGCUACACGGGCGUCGACCGGCGGACGCUUGCGCUUGCUGUCCAACACGACCAGCUCGAGACAGUCCAAGUCCUCCUCGCGCAAGACCGCCGAACGCGACUCUUUUUUGCGGAUGCGCUGCGGGGCGCCGUCGAGUAUCGCCGCCUCAAUCUGCUUCGUUGGCUCUGCCGGCAGCCGGCAGCGCAGGCUUUUCUGAAGGCGACGAAUGCGCUGGCAGAGUACUUCUGCGCACCUGCCGCCAUCCGCCAAUGUCUCUGCGACGCUAUAUCCCAACACGCUCUCGACAUGUGCAUGUGCUCGGUGCUCGUCUCCACGAGCCUCUUUCCGACCAUUGCCUCGUACCAAGAUGGCCUUGACGGCCGCACGUUCGACUUACACGAGCUCUGCUCGAGAGGGCUUGCUCUCUACCGCAACUACGAUCGCGAAUCGCCCGCGUCGUGUAUGUACGGGGCGUACCAUGAGCGGUUUGGUCAUUGGCGCGCUCGGCAUGGCCUCUCGCAGCUUCGUGACCUCUGCGUACCCCACCUCUUUGCGUUUGCAAUGGCGUACGGCAACGCCGAGGUCCUCCAGGCACUCGGACCACAAUUGCUAUCGUCCCAGCGACGUGUCGAGCUCAGCUGUCGUCACCAUCGCAUGUGUGGCUAUGCCAAGGACCAACUCGACCACCGCAAGAUCGCGUACUCGACGGUCGUCAUGCACGCUGCCGAGUCGGGUCACGUCGAUCUCCUCGCCAUGCUGCACGCUGCUGGCUUUAGCAUGGAGAACGUGUGGCACCGUGUUAGCUUCUUUGGCCAUUUGAACAUUGCGCAGUUUGCCCACGAGCACCAACUGCCAGGGUGGCAACGUAACUUUGUGUACACGACAGCGGCGAGUGGCCACCUCGACGUGGUGCAAUUCUACCACGAGCACAACUACGACGGCUUUGACGACGACACGAUUUGUGGUGCCGUGUACAGUGGCAAUUUGGCGCUCGUGCAGUUUCUCGUGGCGCAUCGACCGACCGAAGACAUGCUGCACAAGGCCAUGAUGAUUGCAGUCGACAAGGACAACGUCCCGAUGCUCCGAUGGCUCAUCGACCAGCCCGGUGCCGCGUCGCACGUGGUUUGGACCGCAGGACGCGCGUACAUUUCACAAAGUUCUCAAUGUGCCGCGCUCCUUGCAAACGACCCACGCACAACGCCGGCCACGAUGAGUCUCUACGCCCGCGCCCGCAAGCGCAAGGCGUCAGCGAUGAUGUAGGAUUUAGGUGUCAUUUCAGUGGAGAGUACUGUACUCAAGUCAAUCUAGUCGUGUCAAAACUCAA